UGGCCACAACUUUAUUGAGCUUCAGAAGUGGGAAACUUGGCACAGGCCUUGGCAGGUAACCCUCUCAGCCCGCCUGGCUGAGGAUAUGUAGGCAGAUGAGGUCCAGUGAGAGGGGACUCCAAAGCGCAAACUUACACAGCAUGCCCUUCCACUGACCUCGUUCCGGGAGUUUGACCUACAUACCACCGCUCUAGGGCCAGGGACUCCUGGUUUUUGCCCUUUAACGGGCCCUGCAAGCGCCACCGCAUGGGGAGGUAGCAUGAAUGCAUCCUCCCCGACUUGAUGUUAGACUAAAGGAUACCUUGCCAAGGCCUAAAACUGCCACCCGUGGCCUGGCCCUAAGGGCCUCGCCGCCAAGUCCCACAACUGAGGACCAAUCAAACCCUGCAGUCUACCCAGUCCCUAAGGACUUGUCGCAAGUUGUGCAGCCAGAGGUCAUUACCCAGUGGGGUCAGGUGCACUCCAUCCUCCUGGAAUAGUUCAGCCUUAUCUGCCCUGAUGGUGGGAUGUGGGAUAGAGAACCCGCCAAUUUGCCGCAUGGUAUUGCGCAUGGCCGUUGAUUUUUCCACAGCAUAAUUGAUGUGAGAGGGAUUGGAAACCCCCCUCCAGUGCAGACGGGGUAGGAGAUUGGACCAGCCAAUGGUCAUUGUCAGGUAUAAGGCAUGCAGGCUUUUUAUAUCUGCCCUUGCAGCAAGGGUCAGGGCAAUGCCUUUUUGUUCCACUAGAUCAUUCUCUCCCACAUGUAAAAUCAAGACUCUUGGAGGGCCAUGCGCCACUGCAGCACUACGCAACAUGGGCAUCAAGCUCCACCAACGUAUGCCCCACUGGGCAAUCCAAUAAAUGCGUACCUUGGGGAGGAUGUUAAGGUUACAGCCCCCAUUGUGCAACCAUGCAUAAUCUGCCGCCCAAUGCACAAUGCUGUGCCCUACAACCCAGAUCUUCAUGGUGGGCAAACCUAUAAGAAAAUUCAAUUGCAAGUGAUAAGGUGGAGGAGCCAGAACGAAUAUAGCUUUUGUAGGCUGCCAAGCACCAGCACCCCAGUAUCUUGAUGCAGGUGGGGUCCCAACCCUGGACUGCCGCUGAAGUGGCAGCCCCGGUAUGGAAGGAGUGGCCAGAAUAUUCCUGGGGACUAACGCCACAGGCCGCUAUGAGUCUGUGUAAGACUGCUGUGAAUUGAGAUCGCGUCAAAGGGCGCGUAUUUGAAUGAAUGAAGAAAGGGCCCUUGCACUGAGGCCGGACCCUGAAGAAGCGGCGUGUGUCCUGAUAUGGGCAGGGGCCCUCCUGUUCUGUCAGAGACAGUGCCAGCAUGACCCCUUUCCGCAAUUGGUCAGUUUUUGAGGACCGAAUCUUGACAUUCAGUGUAUCCCCAGAGAAUUUAAUGUCGGUGUCUGCCAGCCCUGAUUGAGGGGACCCAGCCAAACACUCCCCAAUGCGCAUGGCACCAAAAAAGGCUAGGGAGAAUGCAGCCCGAAAGAGACGCGUUGGUAGUUUUUUCCAAAUUAGAUUGAGUGUGUCGAUAGUGAUAGGCUUCUUGCCAUCUUGACGUGGGGGAAUGACUCACCGCCACCCAGCCAGCAGCUUCUUGACGUGGAAGCUGUCACAGGGGUCUGGCCAACGAAGGAAUUUACAAAAGAAUAAAAUAGCUGCCCUGUAAAGCAUUAAAGUUUUAUGGCAAGGCCCUUGCGCUUUAGGAGCACCAUGAAUUGAAGCACCUCCUCCUCAGAAGCGCGAUGUGUUUUGGUGCCACGAAAACGCCCGAAGGUGUUCCAGGCCCUGGAAUAAGAACAUCUAGUGGAGGGUGCUAUUGCUGACAAUACUCCCUGGUUUACUUCUUACUUCCAAUCUCCCACAGAUUGUCUGGGAAGGCAUCCGAGGUCUGGGCUGCCUCUGGUGCCAGCUCACAGAAACGCUCCAUCUGGAAAUGAGAUAACGCAUCAGCAAUGUUAUUGUUAAGGCCAGGUAUGAAACGGGCAGCGAAGGAAAUAUUGUGCCGCACGCACUCCAGCGCAAACAGGCACAGCACCCUUAUGACCCUCACGGACUUUGCUGACUGCCUAGAUAUAACUCUUACCACGACUUCUGGCGAGGCAGCAUGGAGGCUGCAACAGCAGAAAAGAGCUCCUGAAGCCAGCCAGAGUAAAAGGCUCUGUCUGGCCGACUCCUGGGCUCCCAGGACUGCUGCCGCCAGCACCGCCAGCGGAGAGGAAUCGGGGGUGCCUGGGGAGCCUAUCAAAGGAGCCAAAACACCCCCCCACGACCUUGAUUGAGCCGGAAAGGCACCCGACCACCCCCCCCAACAGCCGAGAGGAGCUCCAAAACCAGGAGGACAGUGGAGCUAACGCAAAGAGGGAGAAAGAAAGGGGGAGAGAGGAAGAAAAAGAAAGAAAGAAAAAGGAGCCCCAAACUUACCGCUGCUGCCCCCAUCUCUGCUGACAAGAAAGCAGAGGAGAGGUAGGUGAGCACGGGAAGGCAAAAGAGGCUCCGGAAAAAACACGUGGCUGAGCCCCACCGGGAGCUCCAGCAGCAAGGAAAACACAGAGAAGCCGCAUAACAAAGGGGAUUUCCCCCCCUUUCUUUCUUUUCUUUUCCUUUUUUUUUAACCCCCUUUUGUUUUAACCCCUUCCUCCCCUCCCUCCCCCCUUUAAAAUAUAUAUAUAUAUCUUUUUUAUCCCUCCCCCCCAUAUACCUACUUUUAUCACUUUUCUUUUUAAAAGAGGGGCCACUGCUGCUGCAGCCACCCUUUAUUUGAAUCUUUAUUUUUAUUGCUAUCUUUUCUACACACUAUUUAAAGACACACUUUUCCACACACACACUCUGAAUUUAAACCUCAUUUUAUUUCCACCUCAAACUCCCUCUUAAGAACUAAAAUGGCAGUACCCAGAAAACAGCCCUGAACCAUCACAGGCCAUUUCCUGGGACUGCCACUUCGCCCCAGACUUUCCACUCUCUUUUACCUAUCCUCUUUUACCUAUACUUUACUCAUUUUUAAAAUAAAAUAAAAUAAAAAGCUCUAUCUAUCUAUCUAUCUAUCUAAAGACAACCCCCCCUUUUUUUUAACCUUUAAUUCUCAUUUUUAUCUUUUACCCGUACAUUUUUAAUUACUUUUUUACAAACAAAAAAUAAUAACAAUAAUUAGGGGGAAAUAUUAUUAUUAUUAUUAUUUUUUAAAAAACCAAAACCAUACAAUUAUUAUUUUUUCUCCCCUCUUUCUCUUUUUAAAGCCCUUUCUUUUCUAUUUGUUGGCUUGUUCUUGAGGGGGAAUCUUUCGCCCACAUCUACGACAACCACUCUCAUUUAAAACAACAAAUUACUCCAUAUCACUGCUAUUGCUAUUGAUACUCUCCCCCUCAACUCCCCUCCUUUUCAUUUUUCUCUCCCUUUUUUCUCUCCCCUCUCUCUCUUCACCCUUCCUCAUUUUUUCCUUUUAUCCCACCUUUCAUUUCCCAUCCCCAAUUUUGUUCUCUAUCCCUUUAAUUUUUUUAAAUCAACCCCCCCUUUUUAGCCUGUUCAUCAGUUUGUUUUUGAGAGGGGAGCCCUUUCCCCCCCACCCCCUAUUUUAAAAUAAGACUUUCCCCCAUACCAUUGCAGCAGCUUACCCUCCCUCCCUCCCCUCUCCCCCUCUCUUUUCUUCUCCUUCCUUUUCCCACCCUUCCCCCUCCUCCUCUCCUUUUCUCUCCCUCCUCCCUCUCUCCAUCCCCCCUUCCCCUAAAGGAAACACCUACACACAUUCAUAUCACCCUAUCAAAAUUUGACCCCCGCAGACGAAAGCUAAAACUACUGCUGCAUUCUAAUACCGCUGAUAUUACUGUACUAUCUCUCCUCGCUCUUUCAACUCUCGUUUUGUCCCUCUCUCUCUCUCUCUUCUCGUGUACUCCAAUCUCCCCUCCCCCCGCCUCCCCCCUUCUUCUUUCUUUCUUCUUCUUCUUCCCUUUUUUCUCCCUCCACCCUUUACAUAUAGCCUAUUUGUCUGUCUCUGUUUCUGAGCGCACUCCCAAACCCAACUUCCACCUUAACUGGACCCCAAUACCCCUCUUGGGCAUAUACAACCCCCUCCUAAACACAUAUUUCCCCUGGCCCCACCCCUCUAAUCUCUUGCAUCUCUACCUGCUAACCCCCCCCUUUAUAUGAACUGUCUGUCCGUUAGUCUACCCAUCUCUGCUUACCUGCCCCCCCCCACCUCGGCGGCACCGCUGAGGCAUCCACAAAAGCCCUAGAGAAGUUCUUAAAACACAGGCUAGAAGUGACACAAAUGACCACCUAAUCCAAACGCUCUGUAAAAGCCACCAGCCAACAAAGCCUGAUCAGCUCAGCAACCCAACAAUACCCAGGAAUCACCACUGCCACAACUCCUAACCACCACACGCCCUACCCCAAGAGGACGCCAAGCCAACCUCAAACCAAAACCAUCAGGGAGACCGAGAUGACACCAACCAGGGAGAUGGCAAACAAUGCUAAGAUGGUAACUCCCCUUCAAGAUGACGACCACCCAAUAACGAAACGAGAUCUGAGGGAAAUGGAAGCAAGAUUAGAAGCACGAUUAGAAGAAACACUGAAGGCCACAAUGGCUCCCAUGCAGGUACUAAUCAACAAUCUAACCUCCAAAGUGGAAGCUCUAGAGAACAAGAACCAAAUGCAAGAAAGAAUAAUAGAGCAAUACCGGGAGGAGAACACACGUGUGAACAAGAAACUGGACGAACUGGUAAACCAAAUGGAAGCAGAACACAGAGAGAUGAAAAUUAAGCAAGCCGACCUUGAAGACCGCAAUAGACGUUGUAACAUCCGCUUCCGCAACUUUCCUGAAAAAACAGAGGAGAAAAGCCCAGCAGACCUAAUUAUACGCUGGCUGAAAAACACAAUCCCAAGCCUGAAACUUGAGGCAGAGCCCUAAAACCUAUGCCAAAACCCAGCGCCCCCCCAAGAGACAUCAUUGUAUGCUUCACACGCUACCAAAAGAAGGAAGAGGUAUGGAACCACCUCAAAAACUCAACCAACCUUCGAUAUGGAGAAACCCCCAUUCUGGCCUUACAGGACCUAUCUCAGGAUACCCUAAACCGGAGGAAAACCUGCGCCCAUGCACCCAGCGUCUCCAACAAGCAGGGAUCAAAUACCGAUGGGGCUUCCCUUCCGCCUCAUUGUAACAACCAACACAACACAACACAUGGCGACCCACAGACCUGAGGCCCUGCUACGACUUCAAAUCCUUGAACUCAACCUCCCACCGGAAUGGCAACCGACAAACCCACCAAGUGACAGCCCCAACCACGAGGAAACAACAGCAAACAACUGGACAACGGUACAGAAGAAAAAGAAACAACAGAAGCGGCACAACAACGCAAACCAAUACAGGCAAGCAUCAUGCUCAGAACCGUCCCGCCGGCCAUACGACACAAGAAACCAGACCAAGAUCAACCAAACCAAUUCAUCGCAGAUGGACAACCCUACAACAACAACAACCCCAGCUGAAUGAAGCAACCAGGAAAAAACCACAAACUGAAGGACUGGUGAUUCCCCCCCCCUUUCCCCUCUCUCCCCCCCCCCAAAACAUAGAUUUAGUUAACACCAUCAACAUCCCCCCCAGCCCCGCACCCCCACAGGAAUCCCCAACCCAACACCAGUCCAGACGACCUCAACCACAUUCCCCAUCACCCACACCUUCAACACCCCCAUACUCCAUACUAGGGAAAACAACUCCCCCAACCUUAAUAACACAACCCACAAUCAGGCUAAAAUCUGAUACCCAACCAGCACUAUGGUGGCACCAGAGCGUACCAGCACCCACAUCCCCACCCCAACACACCAACAAUGUUGCUCAUAACAUUGGCAACAUUGCUUAUGAACCUUAUACCUGACAGCGACGUUACAAAGUCACUUCACACUGUCUCACUGAUCACCCCCUAUCGCAAACAACAGGGGGGAUGGCCUGUCCUUGAACACGGCCUUCCACACCAGCUGAGACCUAGGACCAACUGGCUAAAUGCCAGAUGGCCUAAAAUACCCCAAACAAACACCUAUAUGACUACAUAUAGGAAACUCUCUACAACUUACCCCCUACUCUUUAACCCAAAUCUUACUCUAAUCCCAUUAGCCCCCCCACCCACCACACCCUAGGUCAGCGCAACCCCACUUUUUUAAACAACACGAAGAGAGAGACACAAGACAACCCGAAUGGGUUGGCAGGGAAUUGCCCCACAUAAUAGAUAAGCAAGAUGGCUAACCUAAAAGCAAUUACAUUAAACGUGAGGGGGCUGGGAAACCCCAUCAAAAGAAAACGCAUCACCUCAUACAUAAACACCAUGAAACCACACAUCACCUUCCUACAAGAAAUACACAACCCACCCAAAGGCAGCAAACUCCUGAGCGACCCCGCUUCAGUCAACAGUGGGUCGCACAAGGCUCAGGGAAAGCUCGUGGUGUAGCCAUAAUACUCAGUAGAGACCUGAACUUCACUGCCACAACAGUCCUCAAGGACAAAAAAGGCAGAUUCAUUUUCGCUAAAGGGACACUAGAUGGCAAAAUCAAACUGACAAUCGGCUCCAUAUAUGCCCCAAACACGAAACAAUUAGAAUUCUUCCAGAAGACACUAAACAAAUUCCUCUCCUUCUCCGAAGGGGAAGCAAUCCUAGGAGGGGACCUCAAUCUAAAUAUGAAAGGUAUAUCGCUGAAAGAUAUCCACCCCACAACCCCAUGGGCAACCUUCCUCCGAAGGAAACCCCCAACAACCAGGAACUCUUACAAGUUACUAAAAAUGCUACAAACAGGGGUCUCUACGACAUUUGGGGUGAGCAGAACCCGGGAGACAUCAGCCAUACAUUCCAAUCGGGACGCCAUGAUACAGUGUCCAGACUGGACAGCAUUCUACUCACACAGGGUCUGAUCCCCUCAGUAGAAUCAACAAACAUAGGUAACAUUAAAAUCACAGACCACGCCCCAGUAGAAGUCAUUGUUAAAAUAGGAGAAGGAACACAAACCACCCCAUCAUGGUCCUUCAGUCCCAUCCUAACUACAAACAAACAAAUUAGAGAGAGUCUCACAGAAACCCUCCAAAAUUACUUCAAAGAAAACGAUGUAAACAAUAUAACAACCCCCCUCCUAUGGGACGCAAUGAAAGCGGUCACCAGAGGAGCUUGCAUAAAAGAGAAAACAUUCCUUAAAAACAAACCUCCUCAAAAAUUAGCAAAAUAGAACAAGACAUCACAGCCCUCUCAUCACGCUACAAACAAACAGGAUCUAAAAACUCCUCAAACUUAUAGAACAAAAAAGGAGAGAACUAGACUCCUAGAAAUUAACAAAACAAUGAUCAACAUUCUAUACUCUAAACAACGUUUCUACGAAUAUGGAGGGAAAACUCCAGAUUACUAGCAAAUAGAUGUAGGAAAAAGCACUCAAAACAAGAAUACACUGCAUCACCAAAAAGACGGCAACAUAACAUUCUCCCAAAGAAAUAACCUCAGAAUUUGCAGAAUUCUACUCCAACCUAUACACCUCCCAUAACCCACCAGAGAAGGAAAUCAGAACAUUUCUAGCAGGACUGACCAUGCCUACCCUAACUAAUGAGGAACAGGAAUUCAUGGACAGCCCUAUCACCCCAGAGGAAAUAGAUGCGGUCCUCAAAAACCUGAAACCACACAAAGCCCCAGGCCCAGACGGCUUCACAGCAGAAUUCUAUAAGAAAUUCAAAGAACCCUUGAUGCCCUACAUGACCCGCCUAUUCAACGACAUCAUAAAAGGGGGCCCCAUCCCCAAAACCUGGACCCACUCCAAAAUAGUCUCCAUCCCAAAACCACUAAAAGACAGCCUCAAAGUAGAAUCAUACCGCCCAAUCUCAUUAAUAAACCAAGACUACAAGAUAUUCACAUCAAUCUUGGCCAACCGCCUAAAAAUCUUCCUACACAAGUUAAUAGCCCCAGACCAGACUGGCUUUGUCCCUGGCCGCAAUAUAACAGACCCCAUCAGGAAACUACUGAACCUGAUCGAACACAGCAAGGCAACCAAACUCCCAUUGACAAUUAUGUCCCUAGACAUCCUCAAAGCCUUUGAUUGCUUGGAGUGGAAAUACAUAUUAGCAGUACUAACUAACAUGAAAUUUGGCCCCAACUUCCUACAAAUCCUCAAACAAAUAUACUCCCAAGCCUCAGCAAAAUGCAGAACUAACAAUAUGGAUUCUAACACUAUAGCUAUCCAAAGAGGCACGAAACAAGGAUGCCCACUGUCUCCCUUCUUAUUUAUCCUGGCUCUGGAACCCCUAGCAAUCCGCAUCCGAGCAGCCACAGACAUCAAGGGAGUUGAAAUAAAAGGCAGAACCUAUAAAUUAGGGCUCUUUGCAGAUGACCUAAUGGUCACAACACCAGACCCCAUAAGCACAGCAACCUCCCUAAUCAGAGAACUCAACACAUUUGCAAUGGUGUCGGGCCUACAGGUAAAUUUUACAAAGUCAGAAGCUAUGUGCUUCAACACCCCUCCUCACACCCAAAAAGAACUCACGAAGGUCACCAAAAUAAAACUUUGCCACACCAAGUUCAGAUACCUAGGGGUACAAAUAACCAGAAACCUCAAUAAAUUGUACCUCCACAACUACAAGCCCCUGUGGCGACAAAUUAACAAAGACCUAAAGAGAUGGAAUAACAUGAACUUCACUCUCUCAGACAAAAUAGCCAUGAUCAAAAUGAUCACACUCCCAAAACUAACCUACCUAUUCCAAACCCUCCCACUCUGAUCCCUCAACCCAACUUCGCAGUUGGCAGAGAAAACUACACUCUUUCAUCUUCUCACAUAAAAAAACCAAGAAUAAGCCCCAAAUACCUGCACCUCCCCACCUCCGAAGGAGGAUGGGGAAUCCCCAACAUAGAAGCAUAUUACAAUGCCAACCAAAUAUGCCACAUAAUCCCAUAUAUACUAGAAGAUGAGACAAAACAAUGGGUACACCUAGAGAGGGACACAAUUGAAAACACCUGCACCACAACAUACCCACUCCUCCCAAACAAACUAAAGAAAAUUCCCACAACACUUAACAGGUACACACAGACCAUGCUCAAAGCAUGGAAAACACAAAUAGGCAAACUAUCCCCAACCCCAUCCCCACUAAUCCACCUGGCGUACCACCCAUUAUUCCACCGUGCAGCACAAAACCUCAAGAUAAAAACCUGGCGAACCAAAGGCUUAUAUCGCCUAAUAGACUUUUAUAAAAAUAACAAACCCUUGUCAACACAAGAAAUACAAGACAAACUAGAAGACACCCAAAUGCCCUGGUUAACACAACACCAACUUCAUGCCCUCUUAAACAACCCAACAGUAAAAUCAACAGCAACUAGGCCCCUGACAACCUUCGAAAACCUCCUCCUAACAACAAAGGGAAACGGUAAAGGGACGGUAUCCGCAAUAUACAAAAUACUACUCCAAAAUCCUGUAAAUCCCCUAGACGCAAUCAAAAAACAAUGGGAGAAUGACAUAGGCUAUGAGAUUAACCCCACUCAAUGGACCAGAAUGUGGUCUAAACCCCCUUUAAGUCCAUAUCAACGAAAAGAAAAGAACUCACACUGAAACUCACCUACAGGUGGUACCUAACACCAAGGAAACUAGCGCUAAUACACCCAGGAACCUCACCAAAAUGCUGGAGAGGGUGCACCUCCACAGGCACAUACCUCCACAUGUGGUGGGAGUGUCCCAAAAUCCAACUAUUCUGGACAACAGCCAUACAAGAAAUAUGUAAAAUAACUAAGCAAGUAAUAGACAUCACCCCAGAAUUGGCCCUACUAAACAUCUUCCAAGACAACAAUGCCCAUUUACACCACAAAGAACUCAUAACCCACCUGCUCUCAGCAGCCAGAAACACCAUAACCAGACACUGGAGAGACCUGUCAGGAGUAAGCAUGGACCAAUGGUACCAAAUAGUAUGGGAAACAGCCCUACUAGAAAAAUUAACUAAUAAACUGAAACUGACACGGGGACAAACAGAAGAAGACGCCUUCACCCCGGUAUGGCUCCCAUUUAUCACAUACACAGCCCAACAGGACAAUGACAAUAAUCCACCAACAGCAUACAAAUCAAUAUGGCUAACCUGAUCCAAAACACCCACCCACCUCACUCACACACGAAAACAAAGAUCACCACAGCCAAUCACAAGCAAACAAUCACACCCUAGGCCAACCCCAACCUCUCUCACCACCAAAGGAACACAAGUGAACAACACAAGCAACGCUGACACCAAACUCUACAUACAUUAAACAUAAUAGAAACACCGCCACCCGACCCCACCCCCAUCCAUCUUCCCUCUCUCCACCCGCGUUUCUUUUUUUUUUUCUUCUCCCCCUAAUGCCUCAACAAAUGAAACGGAUUUGUAAAAAUGUUACAUGGGAAAAAAAAAUACGAGGCACUACACUUCUGUAAAACAAGAAAAUCCUUAAUAAAAUAUUAAAAAAAAUAAAUAUAACUCUUACCACCGCUUGAAGCAUCAGAAUGGACCUGGAAUUCCACCCCAGGGUUAAGGCUCUUUUGCCAAAAUGAGACCCCAUUAUAAUCCUGCAAGAAUGCAAGCCAAAUCUUCAGAGCAUCCUUUAUCUGCUUUGUCACCCCAAUGUGAUGGUGAGGGGCUACGUCUCCGGCCAUGAGCCAUGCCAGACGGGCACAAAAGGCAUGGCCUGGCGCAACUACCCUACAUGCAAAAAUAGGGAUUGCACCUGGCGAAGGGUGGUCUUUUUAACUCCGAGCGAUGCCUCCAGCAGCGCUUUCAAGGAUUCCAGCUUGGUCUGCGGGAGGUACGAUUGAAGCUCAACAACUUUAAUCCUAAAAAAAGCUCAACAACUUUGGUCAGCCCCCACGGUCCUUUACUUCAUCAAAUCUGGUCCUCUUUGAAAAAAGUUUGGACAUCACUGUCUCCCCUUGCCUGUGUUUUUCCCACAACAACCCUGUGAGGACUGGCCCCUAAAUCACCCAGUGAACUUCAUUAUGCUCAGAUCUAGAUGUUGGUUAUGUAUAAGAGAAAAGACACAUUCUGGUGAACAUUCUGCUAUAUAUUCCCAUCAGAAACCCAAGGCACCCCAGAUGGCCAGUUUCAAAACCUUGGCUGUGAAAAUACCCUCAUUUGCCCAUCAUCUUCUUCACCAGGAGGAAGAAGUUAACCAGGGAGAGGCGGCCAAGUUGAGCAGAAAAGGCAAGAACAAAACAAUUUGUUCUUGCUUCAUUUCCUCACCAUCCCUCCAGCCCCCCGCCGCCUUGUUGCACAACAAAUCUGCUUUGAAUUGAGCCAAGAGAGUUUGAACUCUGCUCAUUUCCAAGAGGCCAGAGCUCUUUCAGGAACUGUGGGUGGCAAGGGAGUUACUGGCUUAUUUAUAAAUGGUCCACUAAAUAAUAGCUGGUUGUUGCUGAUAGGAAGGUAUGUUGGGGGAGCAGAGCGGAGGGUGUGCAUUACACACACACAAAUAGCUUUUCUGUUGGAUUGGCUGGCUUUGCUUCUUGGCAUCUGACAUCUCUAGCCUUGGAACUGGGCCCCUAGAGGCAUCGUGUUUUGCAGACAGCUCACUCAGUCCUUUUGCUGCCUGCUUAUUCUUCCCCAUUCUUUCUCUCUCUCCACCCACCACUUCAUCAGGACUGUGGAGGUAAGGACUGGCGCUGUAUCUUUUUCUCUGGGAUUCUUCACGUAUGUGUGUGUGUGUGUAGUAUGGUGCAAUGGGGGCUUUUAGCAGACAACAGAAGGGGUUGGUGAUGACACUCAAGUUGUGGGUUUGGAGGGCAUGAAGAGACAGGCAGGCAGACAUGACAGGCACGAUUUGCAGUGGUGGCACCUCCUGAGGGCUGCCAUCUAGCUUUGCCAUUGCACGUACUUCUUUUCAUGCACCAGGGGAUGCACUCAGACAUACUGUGUCUUCCCUGCUCAGGAAGGAGGAAUAUAUUGUUACAUGCUACCCCAAACUCUGAGCCUCCAGGGGUUCCUGUGAUUAUGUAGGUUUGGCUUCCUUGGAAUGAAAGUAAGCAGAGACUGUGGUGUCUUUUGGGUGUAUUGUAUUAUUUAGUCAGAUAUACAACCUGAGCAUUUGAUAGAGGGGCUCACAGCAUUAGCACCCCAACAGAUCUUACUUCUCUAUUAGCUGCAGCUUUGGAUCUAGCAUGGAGCAAGCAUAUCUCAGUGUCUCCAGCUUCCAGCUCAGCUCUCACACACUACACUGGCCCUUGUUCUCUUACCUAGCAGAUAAGUGAGGGGCGUGGAGGAGGAGGACACCAUCACCUGGUUGUAGUUCUUGCAACCCAGCUCAUUCUUUUGGGAAGUUGACGAGGACAUACUUAGUGGCCAACUAAGGUCCAUCUUUUGGUGUGCAAUUCUGCAUAACAUAGACCAGAAUACUUUUGAAUAAACAUGAAUGGAACUAGAUGGAUUUUUGAGGUGCAUUUAACAGUUGAGCAGCUGUUCUCGGAAAAGGGUCAAACAUAUUCUGCUUAAAUCAGUGGCUCCCAAAUUUGAUGAUACUGCCCCCUGGGGGUGGGUGGGAUUAGUUAGAGAGGUGCUAAGAGGCAAGGGGGUGGCAGGAGGUCGAAGGCAAGCCUUUCUGAGCAUGUUAAUCACUUGUUUAUGAUUGACACGCUAGAGUCUGAAACAAAGCACCUUUCUCACUUUAUAUUUAAAGUUUAACUGCUCUUAUCCCUCUCAAGGGGACACGGGUGGUGCUGUAGUGUAAACCACUGAGCCUUGGGCUUGCCGAUCGGAAGGUCGGUGGUUCGAAUCCCCUUGACGGAGUGAGCUCCCGUUGCUCGGUCCCUGUUCCUGCCCACGUCAAAGUGCAAGUAGAUAAAUAGGUACCGCUCCAGUAGGAAGGUAAAUGGCGUUUCCAUGCGCUGCUCUGGUUUCACCAGAAGUGGCUUAGUCAUGCUGGCCACAUGACCCGGAAAAACUGUCUGUGGACAAACGUCGGCUCCCUCAGCCAGUAAAAGCGAAAUGAGCACUGCAACCCCAGAGUCAUUCACGACUGGACUUAACUGUCAGGGGUCCUUUACUUUUAUCCCUCUCAAAGCUAUGUAUUUUGGUCCUGUUUGUAUUUUUUUUAAUUCUAAGUUUUCACAACUGUUGGUAAUGCUUAUUGAUUUUCUUAUACAUUAAUUAGGUGAAGGUUUGUGCAUGUUUGGUAAGUGUGGAUAGGUAGAUUUUCCUUAUAUUUUCCUGAGAAAUAUUUUUCAUGCAAUAUUUUUCGAAGUAUAUUCCUUUUUUUAGCUGAAAUAUUAGAUCAGAACAUUAUUUGUGUGCAUCAGUGACACGCACUCAUAUCUACAAAUUAGUUUUUUUGCGGGGAACAUAGCUAUAGAUUGAAUUUUGAUUAAAAGUGUGAUUAAAUAUGAAUUUUAUUGCACUAUUUUCUUCUUCAGUAGAUCAUGCAAACUGUUCUUCUGAAAUUCUUUUUAUGAGUUUAUGGAGGCAUGGGGCAGUGGCCCAAAAAAGUUUGGCAACUACUAGCCUAAGUAGUUUCUGUUAAAUUGUGCCAGGCUGGUCUCUGAUACUGCAUUGCUACACAAUAUUAGUGGAAACAUUUUGGUUUUUCUCUAACCUGUACAGGAGCAGCCCCUAGAUCACCAGCAACAACUAGCAGAACUGUGUGUGUGUGUGUGUGUGUGUGUGUGUGUGUGUGUGUUUGCAAAGUUCUCUCAGGGCCACCAAGAGGUGUGGAAGCCAAUAUAAAUUGCCAGGGCCCUACAGUCUGGAAGUGAACUCAACUACCGUAUUUUUCGCUCUAUAAGACGCACCAGACCACAAGACGCACCUAGUUUUUGGAGGAGGAAAGCAAGAAAAAAAAUAUUCUGAAUCUCAGAAGCCAGAACAGCAAGAGGGAUCGCUGCGCAGUGAAAGCAGCGAUCGCUCUUGCUGUUCUGUCUUCUGGGAUAGCUGCGCAGCCUGCAUUCACUCCAUAAGACACACACACAUUUCCCCUUACUUUUUAGGAGGGAAAAAGUGAGUCUUAUAGAGCCAAAAAUAUGGUAUCUUGCAUAUGUUUUUGUCUUCCUUGAUAGUAUCAUUGUUGUUGUUUUUUUAAUAUCCAUUGUAAAACUGGUGAAUUUCAAAGAAAAUAAUAAUAAUAUACAGCAUUUUGCCAGUUGGCCAAUAGAGGCUUUAACGGACUACUGAAUUUCCUCGUGCAAAAACAGCUUUCAGACUCUCUGCGUUGCUCACACUCUCUGCACGCCAGGUCUGCGAUGCUCCCAGGAGAUAUUGUGAGAUCUCAAGGAUCCAUCCAAGUUCCCAUGAGAUCUCAUAGGCCUUGGUUCCCAUUUAACUUUUAUUGUUCUUGUUGUUACUGUUUUUAAGCAUGAAGUUAUAAGAAAAAACUGCUCCUUUUCCUUCAUGGGGUACCCAAGAGCCAUAUAGAGUCCUUAUGUAGGUUCUCUAUCAGUAGGAGAAAAUAACUUCCGGGUUAGCGCCAUCGGCGAAUGGCGGAGUUCCUCCGACUGGAGGAACUGGCUCCGUGGAAACUGGGUCUUCCUGCCGCGGCGAAGGUGGGGACCCGCUAGAAAUCCCAGGCGGAGGAAGCCUGGGAACGUGGGGUUCGGCAGGGCACCAGGAGCGCCCCCCUACUCACGGGGAACCCCUUUUUGGGAUUCCGGAGUGAAGUGGGGUGAGCAGCGCGGUGCUGCGAACUGACUGCUACUUUCACGGAGUGAAGCCGCACAGCCAUUGCCGGAGAGCGCUGACUUUUUCCUGUGGACAAUUGGAUUUAAAACAAGUACCCGUGAGUAGAAACGGAAAAUUGGAUCAAGAAAUAUCUUAAUUUGACAUCGAAGCGGAAAGGUUCAAAACAGGAAGUCCGCCUUCCGCUUUUUGUAUAUAGACUGAAGCAAAAACCUUGUAAGCUAAAGCCUGGAAAGUCGGUAAAAAAGCCUAAAUUUCCUUCAUUUAUAACUACUGAAACCCCCUUGGAAGCAGGAGAAAAGGGGGGGGGCUUUGUGUAACGCCUGCAGGAGAGGGAGUGAAGAAAGAUAAGUUUCCACCGUCUCUAACCUGGGAACGGGGUGUCAGAGACAGAAAUUGUUGGAGAGGUUCAUUGACUGUGAAUGGAAUAUUUUGACAGAUAGCUGAAGAAGAGAAAUAAACUGUUUCCAAUGUUGCCUUUUGCAUUCUAAAGAAACAAAAUAUCUGAAAAAUGAAAGUAAUUUUCCUUUGUUGGACUUGCCUUAAAAAGAUGGAUACGAAUAGAAAUUGUCUCCUCUAGAGGGAGCCUGCUAAAUUGUUGCUGCAGUCUACUUGAGGAUUCCACAGCUGUGAGAUUAAGAUCGUGGGAUUAGUCCUUUUGACCUUGACUAAAUAUGAGCUGGAAGGAAGCUUUGAUGCUUGCUUUAUGCAAGACAAGUGCUUUGUUGGAACAGAUGCAUGAGAAGAUGGAUUUGCUGAAUGAGAAAAUGGAUUUGAUGACUGUUGUGGCCAAUAACUGUGGACAAAUAGUGAAUAGUGAUACAGAAACCAUCCAGGGUCCAACUCAGGAACCUGUAUUGAUUGGGCAAGUGCAGAAGAUAAUGGAGGAGGCUGCGGUUGCACCUCAAAUAAUACAAAUGGAGAGGCCCAAGGCCCUACAGGAGCAUAAGCCGCUGUUUUUGAAGAUUGAAGUAGGAGUGGGCCAGGGGGAGUCUGGAGCUGAGGAGGCUUUUAACUUUGGAGAGAUUUCGAAAUAUGCUCGUAAAUAUUUUUUGGAUUAUAUUGAUGACUGUGGGGAGUGGGACUGUGGGGAAUGGGCUGGUUUGAUGAAGGGAGACGGAGAUAACUUUGGGUUGGAACCCCCCAGAGACCUACUCCUCAAUGAGAAAGGAAAGAAAUUAAGAAAGAGACCAACAAAAGCCAAGGAAAAGUGCAAGUAUAAACAAGAAGAAGAAGAUCUGCAGAAGGGACAUGGAAGAGACUUAAGCGCCUCGGACAUAAGACUUCCAGGUUGAUGGACUAGAUGGAAUGGACAGUAAGGACUGACACGACCCGAGACCAGGAAGAAGAGACGUUGGAUGAAGAUUGGAAGAAAAUUUAUAAAGAAUUUUUUUUAUUUAGGGAAUUAGCCUAAAAUUAAUGAAUAUUAGGGAAAAUGUUGGAAUGAAACUAUAUGACUCUAGCAGAAAUGAUAUCAGGAGUUAUGUAUAACUGAGUAUUAAGUUUUAAGCUUUAAGGUAUUUUAUGGUAAGAUAAGGUUAAAUAAAUUAAGGUAAUUUGAAUAACAGAAUAUGGGGAAAGAUGGAAAGGAUCUGUCGAGUUAAUUAAUAGGUUAAAUUGUUAAGAUAAAUUAUUUAAUAAAAAUUGAGAAAGAUGGAAAGAAUUUGCUGAAAUAACUAACUAAACUAGAAUACAAAAAGGGAGGUGUGAGGAGGUCAACGAAACAAGCAAAUGGAAGUUAAAGAUAUGUAAUAUGGGAUUUGUGUCUUUUUUCCCUUUUUUCUUUUUUGCUGUAUUGUUGUAUUGGUUUUUAUGUUUUGCGUUUUUUCUUCUUUUUAUGUAUUGUAGUGUUGUUCUUUAUUUUUUCUUUUUUUUUCUGUAACUUUGAAAUUAUUAAUAAAUAUUAUUUUAAAAAAAUAUAUCAGUAGGAGAAAAUAACAGAGGCCAACCAGAGAAUAUUGAGAAGCAAAGCAGCUAGCAAGCCUGAUCUUUAUUAAACUGUUGCAACAGGGUCCUCACACACACACCCCACGCAGGAGGGAGGAGGAACCCAGAACAAUGGUGAGCAAGCCCUUAUACAGUGGUACCUCGGGUUACAAACGCUUCAGGUUACAAACUCUGCUAACCCAGGUUGAGAACUUUGUCCCUGGAUGAGAACGGAAAUCAUACAGCAGCAGCAUGGUAGCAGCGGGAGGCUCCAUUAGUGAAAGCACACCUCAGGUUAAGAACGGUUUCAGUUAAGAACGGACCUCUGGAAUGAAUGAAGUUCAUAAUGUGAGGUACCACUUGCGACUUUUGAAAAUGCCACCCUUUCCUGUCUGGUAGGAACCCUGUUAAUGGGUUUCCCUGGACAGCCUGGCCUUUCUUUUGUGAUGAUACUUAAUUCCUGAUUUCAGGUCACAGGCUCUCCCUAUUCAUACCCAAAUGUGCCCUUAAGGCAGGAUUUGUGGGCACAUGCGCUAAAUCCUGUCUGUGGUGCCUAUCCCUUUACCCCAAAUGAUGAGAUAAGAGACCAGAAUAUGGGUUCAAAUUGGCCACAACUUUAUUGAACUUCAGAAGUGGGAAAGUUGGCACAGGCCUUGGCAGGUAACCCUCUCAGCCCGCCUGGCUGAGGAUAUGCAGGCAGAUGAGGUCCAGUGAGAGGGGAUUGCAAAGCGCAAACUUACACAGCAUGCCCUUCCACCGACCUCGUCCUGGGAGUCUGACCUACAUGCCGCCGCUCUAGGGCCAGGGACUCCUGGUUUUUGCCCUUUAACGGGCCCUGCGAGCACUGCUGCAUGGGGAGGGAACAUGAAUGCACCCCCACCCGACUUGAUGUUAGACUAAAAGAUACCCUUCCAAGGCCUAAAAGUUGUGACGAAAUGCCACGGAGAAGGCAAAACCUGCCAAUGCAUGGAAAAUUCCUUCCCGGUUCUGAAUACAGCAACCUUCUUACAACCGCAGCAGCGCCCACUGACCUGGAACGCAUAAUAUUAGCCUGUAAGGAAAAGAAUCAUUAACUUGAAGACCGCUGAUCUAGGAUGAAUAUCGAGGCAAGAAAUUAUUAAUUUGAGGGAGGGUGGGUGGGUGAUCCUGGAAGGAAGAACAGCAAAAGCGGCUUGGACAACGGGGUCAGCCUCUUUUGUUUGGCCUUAGGCCACCCCUGGCCGGCCAUCCCUUGUCCUCCCUGGCCAAGGGUAGGUCAAAGGCGAGCAGCUGGCGGCGGGGGAGUCAUGCCCCGCCCCGCCGCCACAAAGAACAGCAGGCCACCCCUGCGGCCUAGCCGGGGCCCGUGCCACCCGCUCAGGCCAGUGGAUGGCGGCAGCAGAGAGCCAUGCCCCCCCCCCCCGCUGCAAAAAACCAAGCAGGCUACCCCUGUGGCCCAGCCGGAUGGCAGCAGCGGGGGAGCCUUGCGCCCCCUCCCCAGCGCCGCCACAAAAUAAAGGCCGCCACAUGGGUUAAAACAAACUGGGAUGCCCACCCUCCCUUGGGGCUGGCGGAGCGCCCCCUCCUGCGGUGAGCGGCGGCAGAUGGGCCCAAGCACCAACCCACGCCACCACUGGACAAAAAGCUGAAAACCGAGAACGAAGAAAGAAAGAAAGAAAGAAAGAAAGAAAGAAAGAAAGAAAGAAAGAAAGAAAGAAAGCUGCAAAAUGUGGCCUAGCCUGGCGGAGGUGCCAAGCCAUCCCCCCCCCCCCCCAGUCCAGGCAAAGUGCUUACCUCAGUCCGGCCAUCUUGACACGCUCCUGAUGAUCUUGAUCCUGGAAGGAAGAACAGCGAAAGAGGCUUGGACAACGGGGUCAGCUUCUUUUCUUUGGCCUUAGGCCCACCCCCAGCCGGCUGGCCAUUGUCCUCCCUGGCUGAGGGUGGGUCAAGGGCUGGCCCAGGUGAGCCCUGCCCGGUGGGCUUUUCCCAUUUCUAUCCAAAUAUUUGAGGUCACUGAAAGAGUCAAAAUGGCUUUAGGAUGUUUUCCUGUACUGUUUCAGACAUGUGAUUUAUAUAUUUAUGUAUGCAUUUGCCUGGUACAUUUAUGAACGUUUAUUUUAUAUCUUAGACCUUAUAAUUCUCAUAACAAUGACAAAUACAACAUGCAUUUAACUUACGUUCAGCUUGCAGGAUUUCAGCUUGUCUCGCUUCACCUUCAUGUGGCUGGAACCGUGCAAAUUAAACAUCUAUAAGAUGCAUUCGUGCUGUAAAGAUAUUUAGCUGGUCCACCCUUUGCUGAGGAGCCACCUCAAAAACUCCCCCCCCCCCCCACAAGGGCAAGAACCCUGAAUUUUCUGGUAAGUUAUUGCAUUGUUAUGAGUUUGCACAGUACAAGAUAUUCUAAAUUCCUGGGUCCAAUAAGUUAGAAUUAAUCGGUUUGGGGAGUUAAGCUAUGCCAAGCACUGAACACCUGGGUUCAAUGCAUACAUUAAAAAUGCAAGCCAGGCCAGCCUGGUAACCUCUUGCUGAGUGUGGGUAGUAGGGGAACAAAGCCUGAGAAAGGGGCAGGGAGAUGGGUGAUUAACAAAGCAGUUACUUUGUGCUGGACAGCAGAGGGGUGUGAGACCCUCCUCCCUCAAAAUAAGUAAGUAGCAGGAGUCACAAGGCCAGAGUUUUUAGAGUGGCAGUGAUGUGCAAGCAAAACUGUGACAGGCUAUAAAAAGGAGACCGAGAGCAUGGCAGAUUUCCAUUUUGGAUCUAAGGCUGGUGUGCCUAGAGAGAUGUAGCAGAUCCCACCACUAUAUACCAGUUGUGGCAGAUCCAAAUUAUGUACACACCCUAUAAUAAUGGGUUAUCUUUUGGGUUUUGUGUAAGGGAAAUCUUAGAUACUUGGAGACUCAGGUAAAAGUUGAACAAAUAAGAAACAUUUAUUUUACAGAAUGAAGUGGAUAAAACAAAGGAUAGCUUUGUAUGGUUUUAUGAUUUUUCUAUUUCAACUUAUGCCAAUAAAGGUUGGUAGAAACUAGAAACAAAGGAUAUAUCAGGAGAUAAUGGUCAUUCAGGAAACAGCAAACCUAUUAACAAUUAUACUAAAUCUAAUGGAUGUUUCAGGCUUCUAAUCAAGCACAGAUUCUGUUAAAACUUCAGAUGAUUAUGUUCAGUUAUUACACUUCAGGUAGAUGUUACAGGUUCCUAGACUAGAUGGUAAAUGCUCCACUUAUUUCAUGUUAUUUCACUUCAGUUCUUAACUCAGUGGUUGCAUAGGUGUUACCGCUUAAUACUUUGGUUCUUCAACAAGAUGGUGCUUUCUGUCAGUUACCCAACCAUUUGCCCAUCCCACUCCUGAGGUACUCCAAAUGGUACAGCAGCUCCAGGGGAUCACCAUGCCCCUUUUAAACUGUUUUGGGAAUCUUCUCUUUUUAGAUCUCUCCCCUCCUGACUGGAAUGAGACCCAAGUACAUUGUAUCCACACAGCUUCUACUUCUCCUGGCUCAAACUCGGCCUUCCCGGUUAACUUCUGGCCUGAUACUCUCACAGAACAUGCUACACACUGCCCUUCACGCCAAGCUCCUUUCUCUAGCUUUAGAUAUUUUCCUCAGAGUGGAUGUUUCUACCCAGGACAAACUCUCUCUCCCCUAGACCAACACCCUUUCUUCCUCUCAAACUAAACCCUGUAUCUGAAAACUCCCUCAGAAACGGCUCCUUUUAUUUUCCCUCCCAAAGUGCUGGCUCCACCCCACCCCACCCCACCCCACCCCAGCCAACUGUCUUGGUAGCCAAUCAGAGAGAGGCUCCAGCACUCUGGUGGAAUUCUGAGGAACUGCAUCACCAGACUCUGGUCUGGCUCUGCUGUACGUCACAAGGGAAGCAAGAGAACCUCUUGGGAGUAUAUUGCUGGGAGCCUCUCCAUCGUAGAUUCUGGUUGCAAAUAUGUGUAAAUAAACCAUAUAUCAUAAAGACACCACCGUCUCCACUGUGCCAUGUUAUUAUUUAUUAUAUUUAUGGGUUUUCCCAGCCACUCUGGGUGGCUUCCAACACAUAUAAAAAUAAAAUAAAACACAUAUAAAAAUAAAAACACCAAACAUUACCCUGGGUAAGGGCUUGGAACCUCUGGAAUCUUGCACUGCUGCAGAGACUGGGGUGGAUUGCAGCAGUAUUCAAAACUGUAAUUUCGUUGACUAAGCCCCUUUCUGAAUCUUCCCAGGUUGUUGCAAGAAGCCAGUUGGACCACCAUCAGACAGAUGGAGGUCUCCACCGGAAAGGUCAUUCUGAACGUUGGAGGCAUGCGCUAUGAAACGUACCUUAGCACCCUGCAGGCUUUCCCAGGGACCAAACUGUGGAGCCUCACAGAGCCCCAGGCCAACACAAAACAUGACCAUGACCCUAGCACCCAGGAGUUCUUCUUUGAUCGGAGUGGCCGGCUGUUUGGGCAGGUGCUGAACUACUACAGCACAAAGCAACUCCAUUGCCCUGCAGGUGUCUGUGAAUCUGCCUUUGAGGAAGAGCUGGAUUUCUGGGGGCUCACAGGCACCCAGUUGGCUCCCUGUUGCUGGAGAGGGCCCCAAGAGGAGGUGCAUGACACUGGGAUUGUCGACGAGCAAGACAACGACCAGGGUCUCCUGAUCCAGGAAGAAAGAAGGAGUGGCUGUCAGUAUGCCCGGUGGCGGGCCAAAUUGUGGGAUCUCUUUGAAAAGCCCCAUUCCUCUAAACGUGCAACGGUAAGGAAUGUGCUUGAUAAGUCCCAAACUUGGAUCUGUGACUUGCCAGGGGAAGGUGGAGAGAGGGGCUAAGGGGACUGGUCAAGUAUUGGGAAUGCAAAACCCAACUCUGCAAAUUAACUUGGUGCUGUAUAUACCAAACUUCCUCUAAGGCAGCAAUUCCUCCCACCACCACCUGGACUCCACAAACUCCGUAAACUCUAGCACCUGCCAGCCUAUAACAAGCAUUAUUCAGAAUAGCAUUAUAUAAUAAAUUGUGCAGAAUACGUUACACUACCAGAUGCCUCUGAGAAACUUGCUAUCAGGAUCUGAGCACAAGUGCCCUCCCCAGAAACUAGUAUUCAGAAGCAUAUCUGCCGCCAACUGUGGAAGCAGAGCUUAGCUAUCAUGGCUGCUAGCCAUUGACAACCUUGUUCUCCACGAUUUUGUCCAGUCCUCUUCUAAAGCCAUCUGUGUUGGCCUCCUAAAGUACCGAGUUCCAUAUUUGCUGCUUCAAAAAGAACUUUCUUUUAUUGGUGUUCAUGUGGGAUCUUCUAUAGCCAAAGGGGCAGAAUCUGAUACGUGAAUGUAGGAAAAGUUAACAAACGUGUGAGAGCAGAUGGCACCUUUGUUAUAUGUCUUCCCGUGCCUAGCAAAACCCUUCCUCUUUAACCAUUUGGCCUCUGAAUAUCUGUGGCCUCUUAGAUGGGAUGUUCCAUUGCAUUACUUUAAUGUAUUCUUUUAACGUGUUUUUUUUUUUUAAUGCAUCUAUGUAGGUUUUAAUUAGUUAGUUAGUUUGUGAGUUGCCUUUGGCAACAAAAAGUUACCAAUAAAUUUAAUAACUACAGUGCGUGCAUAUAUAUAAUAUUUAGUUAUAGUUAGUUAUAUAAAUAUAAACCAAUGGGCCCAUUUUCCUAUGUUCACCCUUCCUUUAUCUUUGCAGGGUUUGGCAGUUGUUUCUCUGCUGUUCACCAUCGCCAUCAUCAUCAUCCUCUGUGAGGAGUCCAAGGGGUUCAUAAAAAACAUCACCCCAAACCAUACUAUAGAGAGCCACCACCACCAUUACUACCAUCACUUCUUUCCCUCUGCCUAUUCCUACGAAGUGGCCCCCUACCUCCUCCACCUUGAGCUUUUCUUCAUCCUCUGCUUCACGACUGAGUUCUUCGUACGGAUCAUGUGCUGCCCAGAUUUGAAGAAAUUCCUGAAGAACCCUCUGAACAUCGCUGAUCUCCUCUCCCUGUUCCCAGUUUACACUGAACUGUCCUUGGCCAGACCUUCACAGGAGCCACACCCUCAGGAGUCACAUCCUCUGGUCCAGUGGCUGGGUCUGUGCCGCAUUAUUUACAUCAUCAAACUCCUGAAGGUAUUGAGGCUGGUGGAGACACCUCUGAUGCUGAGGGUGUUGCCUUGCAUGUUCAAAUCCAUCCUGAGAGAGAUACUCAUCUUCUUGUUGAUUUUUGCUUCUGAAGUCCUUUUCUUUGGCACCCUCUGCUUUUAUGGGGAGCUGCUGAGUACCAACUUUAAAAUAGGGUUUCGUGACAUUGGCGAGGCCUUCUGGUGGGCGGUCAUCACUCUGACCACUGUAGGGUAUGGAAAUCUUGUCCCUGUCAGUGUCACCGGCCAAGUGAUAGCAGCUUGCACUGCACUCUGUGGUGUGCUGACCAUCGUUGUCCCAGUCCCGAUCUUUCUGUUCAGUUUCAAGGGCUGUUAUGAUGCUGCUGUGAUCAAGGAGAGGAGGAAGAGGAAAGCAAUGGAAGCAGUGACGCUGUUGUCCUGAGGACUCCUGAGCAUCACAUCCCCCGUUUUCUGUAGGAAGAGAAAAAAAGGUUUCCAAAUAGCUCCCUGGCACAUCACAGAAGCUUUUCAAGAAAGCAUUUUAUUGAAGUAAAAAAAAUAAAAUAAAUCUAUUCAACAAAAAUAAUAGAAGUACAAAAAAGCAGCACAGUAUAUUCAGGAGAGACUUAAUUGUAGGUUGGUGGGGUAUUUAAGACCACCACCAGUUUCAUGUUGCCCUGAGGAGAGGCAGUCCUGUGUGUCUGUAUUUUUUGCACAUAAGAUAAAAUCCCACCCAACAGCCCAUGAUUUUUCUGGGUCCUCCAAGCCUUUGGCAACAUGUGAUUUAUCAGUUUUUGCAGCUAGUGAUAAAUUCCACAUAUUUUUAUACCAAAGUGAAAGUCUCAAGCUUUGCAACUUUUUCCAUUUGGAGGCAAUUGAGGUUCUGGCAGCUGCCAGCAUCCAUGUCAAAAGUCCACGAGAGCUGGUUUUUUUCUGCUGAUCAUCCCAUAGUUGUAGGUUGUAUGCUGCUUAGAGAUUUUAAAAUAUUAAGCAACUUAGAAAUACUUACAAAUAAGUAAAUUUAUUAUUGAUCUUUUAUUUUAUACCACUUAACAUAUGAAAAAUAUCUCUACGUGGCGUACAAAAACCAAAAGAGCAAUAGACAACUUAAAUAAAAUAUUACAAAAAUACAGUUACAUAUAAAAAUGCUAAUUAACUAAUACAAAGUUACUACUAUAUAUAAAAAUCAUAUAUAAAUCCAUAUCAAUUUAUUUUCCUUCUGACACAUGCCUGAUAUUUGAAAUUUGGUUAAGAUUAAAAUAUAAAGCAAUGUACUUUUUUAAAGCUUCAUUUUUUCAGGAAAAGGUAAUAUAUUAUUUAUCUCAAUAUGUUUUGUAGGACUUAAAAGUUACAUCAAAAUGGCAUUUGAUCAAGCUUAGAAAUUUUUACAUUAAUUGGCAAUUAAUUUCAGAACAUGAGAGAGGUGCUUAACCUAUGUAAUGAAAUAGAACAUAUUUACAUGGUUAGGUGUGUUUCAAAACUUUAUAAAAAGGUAAGCUGCUGUUACUGGAAUGUGGAGUUUUCUUGUGGAAAAUUCACCACUUUGCCUGCUUAUAGAGCUCUGGUAAGGCAAAAUUGUGUAUGUUAUACAUUUUGCUCAUUCUCUAUGUUUUUGUAUCAACUCCAUGAUUAAUCUUACAUUCUGCAACAGGAUUAAGAUUUUGCUAGUAAAGAAAAAUACUUUUAAACUGUCUGGUCUCAGAAUGAAAUAUAUCUGUUUCUCUAAUUAUUUUUAUCUGGACACAGGUGCACCAUGUGACCAUUUGCACUCAGUUUCCUGUGAGAUCCAGAGCUUACUAACCACACAGGUGUAUUUAGGCCCUGAUUUAGGGUCUGAUCUGCCAAUCUGGGCAUAGAACAUGUGAUCUGUACUGUGGGCAGGUUCCCACAUGCAUCCAGUGGCAUCUGUUUUGUACAGUCAGAUGCCAGUCUCCUGGCAUAUGUGUCCGUCCCCUGAUUACUGUAACACUCUGCAUGUGUGUAUGGACCAUGACAGAUAUUCUUAACGCUCAUAUGCUGAUAGAACUCUCAUAUUGCCACACAAGAUGGCAUUACUGACAUCCGUUCACAAUAUCCAUCUGCCGACGAUCACAGCUCCUAGCAUCAAUCCCUGCUCUGCAUAGAGCAAACAGGUAUUAGAGAGGAAUGUGGUUGCGUGAUCCUGCUCACCUUCCCAUGUGCUUAACUCUAAAUGCGGCUGCACCCUGAAAAUAAACUGCAUGUAAAACAGUAAAGCGUAGAGGAGUCCUGAGAUGCUCUGCAUUCGUGAAGCUGUCAGGAGCAGUCAUGACUCAAACUGGGAAGCUUUGCGAUUGUGUGUGGCUGCCCUCAUGUGAUGAUGUGCAGCAUUGCAAGUUGCAGCAUCCAUCUAGUCCAGUACAGUACUCAAAUGUUUUGUUCCACGGACCACUUGAAAACUGCUGAGGUCUUGGUGGACCACUUUAUUAUUUUUCUGCCUCUUGCAGGAGUUGCAAUGUGCUGUGCUAGAUGCUGUAAGAUUUGUGCCUGUAUUUUUAUUGUUUCUUUUAUUUCUUAUGUGGUACUUUAUUGUAUUACAACUGGCAUUCUACAGAGUUCAAAUUGUAACAGAGUAGCAUGCAAUAUCAGAUGUCCUUGAGUUAUUGUGUUAGGAGAGAGGGAGGAAAGCUCUUCUCCCAUCUACUUUCUCCAUGCCAGGUAUAAUUUCAUGUCCGAUACAAAAUUCCUCUGUAUGAACUGAGAGGGCUCAUCCAGACUUCAUUUUGUGUCACAUUAUUAGGCACAGGUCCACACUUUAAAGCUCUGUCCAAGCGUCUCUCUUUCCCUGGCGCUUACCCCAUGAAAACCCACCAGAAACAAUUUUGUGGAAAAUUCAGAUUGCAGUUUGUUCCAAUUCCGUGUUAAAGAGCAGGUUUUCCUGGGGAAAGCAGUGGGGAGGGGAGAAGAAGAAGCACUCAGACACGGACCAGGAAAGUGCAGACCUGCUCGUAGAAAGCAAAAGGCAAAAGGUGAAUGUAGGUGAAUCCCUAGAAUGAUGAAUGCUUGCUUCUGUUCAUGGACACAUGACAUCAUAACAGCACCAGAUCUAGGACUGUCUGGGUGUUUCCCCUGCAUUGGAUGCCAAGCUGAAGGGGUGCAAAAUAGUACACUCUGUUCUAAAAUGAAUUAUUGUGAAAAUAAGAAAUAUUUAGGGGACAGCACCAAAUUUUGUGCUCACUCAGGGUGCCAUAUUACUAAAAUCCACCUCUAGAAACAAGCAGGCAAACUCCUUGUCCCAGAAGAAGGGGGGGGGGGAGGUGUGUCAGGGACCUUCGGACCUUUGCCCAGAGCACCCAAGGAGGUCAGAGGCAACUUGAGAGAAUUUGCACCCCUUCCAUUUUUCCAUGCACAAGCCCCAUACUCUGGAGCCAGGACUGAGCAAAGCAUCCUUGCAAGUGGGGUGUGUGCGCAUGUCCGUGUGUGCGUGUUUGCUAGGGGCAAAGUGGCAGCAGGUUAUGUGUUAGCUCAAGAAGAAAACCUAAUCAUUCUAAACACAAAAAAACACUAAGCACUAUAUUAACAACUUUUUAAAACACUUGUAGUCUAAACUUCUCAUCUGUUUUUUACAAUAUUAAAAUAUUAGCAAAUAUUAAUGAGUGUUACAGCAUUCUACCACAGAGUGAUAUAACAAUAUAACACUAAUUUUAUUAAAAAGAAAUUUUCUGCUCACCAUUUUAGCAACAUUUUAGAGUUUUUUCUCAUUAAAUGCUUACGAUACUCACUUCUGAUGCAAAACAAAAAUCAAAUACUUUUUGUCUUAUGCUAUGGGUUGCAAUUAGCAAUGACAUUUAAAUAAUGAAUAAGCACUAAGUGCUGAAUACAUAAUUGAUAUUUUAAAAAAUUGGAAAGAUGAUACCAUGGCCCUCUUUCAACAGUGGAAAGAAAAUAUGACUACUUUUGCAAAAUACAAACGGACCACUUUCAGUUGUAGAUUGUGUACGGACAAAAAUAAUGGUAUUUGGAAUGCAUUUAUAAAAAGCAUAAUAACUUGUUAAUAAUUUUAUACUCAUUAGAAUAACCAUACUACUUAUAUACCUAUAUAUUGUUUUGUACUACAGUCUCAAGCACUUUUUCACUUUGUUUCUCUAUUGUAAAUUUUCAAUAAAAUAUAUUUUUUUAUUU